UUCAAGAAAUAAAACUAGUAUCUGAACAUGGUAGAACCAAAGUCUUCACAUAUGUAGACAGACCUUAUUUCAAACUUAAAAGGCUGUUUUAUCCCACUUCUACACAUUUCAAGUUUUGAAAAGUCGUCAGUUUCUGAAAUAAGAAUUGACUGGAGAUAUUUGCGGAUAAAAUAACCCUGGCUGCUGUUUUUCAUAUCUACGAAAAGAAGCUGCAAGUUUAAUUCGGUGAAAGCAGUUGUCCCUGUCGGAGGAGGAGAGGGGAGGGCUGGUGUGUCCCAGCCCUCUGCAUCCAGCUGGUGCGUCGCUCCCGCAGCAUUAGCGCGCCACACUCACAAUGGCUUUAGCCGCAAGCAGGACGCUCUUGGCCCUAUUCGUCACGUUUUGCGCACCGGGAUGCGGGUUGACAGCAGAGAAGCCCCUGCGGCCACACAAUGGGAAACAGACCACUGUGGACAAGGGCCUGAGGGAGAGCUGGGAGCCUUCUAUCCAUCUGGAUGGAAGACCCGUGGACCGCUUUGUAAUCAGCUCCAACAAACCCACGAGGUCUCACCGCUUAACUAAAGUGGGCAAGGACAGUCGCUCUCAUCUACUGGAGGAUGUAGACCCUGAAUGGGUUAACCUGGAUGGCUUUGCUGUGUUGGGCGGUGCACCUGUCAGCAACUCAUCAGCAGGUCCAGUCAGGCCUUCACAAACUGCCGUCAGAAAUCAGCCCUCGGUUCAGCGGGCCACCAGGGUGGACAGAACAACUAAUCCACUGGGCGUAUCUAAUACCCGGACAAACAGGAGGGCACCUCAGUCCUCUUCAGGUCCGAGGCAGCCUGAGAGAGCUUUUGCAGGAACCCCCUUGCUGGAAAGGAGACGUCAACACCACAUCAAGCCUCAGUCUGACCAGAGGAACCGAAAUACAGCCAAACUAACAUCUGAGUCCGUUCAUGUGGUGUCACUGCAGGCACAGAAAGCCCUGGGCCAGAGUGCACCCUCCAACAGAGCAGUCACAACCAAAACAACUACACCAGAGCCACCGGAGUACGAGGCUCAGGACAUCAGCGUCAGGGUCAUGUCUCCUCAGUCUGUCCUCAUUUCCUGGGUUGACCCUGCAGUCGAGAUGGGGAAAAUCUCCCCCGGGGAAUCCAGAUCCUACACGGUUAGGUACAGGGAGAAGGGCGAGUCAGCACGCUGGGAAUACAAGGACAGCACCCAGAGGAGAAUGAUGAUAGACACCCUGUCUGCUGACGGCAUGUACGAGUUCUCUGUCAGAAUCUCCCAGGGAGAAAAUCAUGGCAAGUGGAGCGUCUCCGUCUUUCAGAGGACCCCUGAGUCAGCACCAUCUGGACCACCAGAGAACUUUGAGGUCAAGCCACUGCGAGGGAAAGGAACUGCCGUCGUAGCAACAUGGGAUCCACCUGAGGAAGCCAAUGGGAGGAUAAGAGAGUACAUCCUGUCUUAUGCUCCUGCUAUGAAGCCAUUUGGAAUGAAAAGUGUGACGUACCGUGGCAGCACCACCACAGCCACCAUAGAUGGCCUCACACCGGGAGACCGGUACAUCUUCAAGAUAAGAGCCACCAACAGGAGGGGACUGGGACCACAGAGCAAGGCCUUCAGUGUUGCCAUGCCAGGAUCCAGCAGCGCUGCCUCAUCGUUCUCAAAAACCAAGGACACCCGCAAGACUAGCCACACUCCUUCCAAACAGGAUACUGACCAUGAUGAAUCUCAUGACCUCAUGUCAACUGAAGUGCCAGAGGAGCCAACUACAACCCCCCAGCCACGCCCUGCUGCACCUGUCAGCAGACGUGUUCGCCCACUUUCCCAGACACGCUCCUAUCACAGCAUCUUCUCCUCUGUAAGGGGCUCGGUCAGGAGCACAGGGAACAGAGGUUCAUCCAGAGCAAGAGCUCAAGAUAGAGAGGAUGAAGGGGAAGAAGUGAAAAUACCCACAACACCACCUCCAGUAGAGGAGACAACAACCAUGGAGGCUGUUCUGGAGACAAAAGAGCCAGACAAUGAUGUUGCCCCUGACUCUGAGGAUGAAGUGGGAUAUGAUGAAGGGCCCAUGACUACUGAGACCCCAAGCCUCAAAGUUUUGACGCCCUCACCAACUAAACCAGCUUCUGCUCAUCCCAAACCCCCAUCUAGGAGGCCCAUUAAGAUAAGGGUCCAUCAAAAACCAGGGUCCAAGGCCGCUUCCUCUUCCUCAUCUUCUUCUUUAUCAUCUUCUACCUCAUCCUCCUCAUCUUCUGCCACCUCGUCCACUUCCUCCUCCUCGUCCUCUUCUGAUUCCUCCUCAUCUUCUUCUCCCUCUACCUCCUCUUCAUCCUCCUCAUCCUCACCUUCUUCAACUUCAUCAUCAUUUUCCUCUCGUGUUCAGGAGUCAGCAGCCAGUAGAAAAGACUAUGUAGCUUCUGCAUACCCAGAGAGCAAAGAUGAUAAGUACGAUAAGGCCAGCAUAACACAUAGCAAACCUUCCACUCCGGUUGUAAAAGAGACCAGUUCACAGUCAGAGGCUGCACCUGUAGGUAGAGGUUCGACUUCAGGUGGGCGUACCACUGGGUCUGGUUUUGCAUCUAGAUAUGGUUACAGCCGACGACAUCCUGGAAUUUUGUUUAGAGGGAAUUCAACCCGAAUGCUGAAUGGUUACAAACCUGCCAUCACCUCACAGUCAAAUUUACCAAGCAGAACUCCAAAUCAAGCAACAUCAAACACACGUACUUCAGGAACAUCACAAUCCACUGUACCAGACAGGACUCAAAACCAGGAAACAUCACAUACAUUAAAUCCAACAACAUCAAGGUCGACUUCAGGAAGUGCUUCCAGCAGCCAGGCAACAUCCAAUACAUAUAAUUUUGACAAAUCACAGACUAGCUCACAGUCCAGAUCACAUGGCUCCACAGCAUCAGAUACACACAGCUCAAGCACUAAUCCUUCCACUUCACAAAGCAGCUCACAACACCCAUCCACUGCAGCUACAUCAGACUCUUCUCAGUCAACGUCACACAGAGGAUCCCAAAGCUCUGCAACUUCACACAACACACACAAUUCACAAAGUUCACACACAUCACCUGAGCGAGAUACAACAUACAAUGAGGGUAAGGAUGACAGUAAAAAUAAAAACACAGAUACAGAAAUAAUUGAGGAGCCUACUUCAAGCUCUAAAACAGAACCCACUGAGGAGGAGAGAAGGGAGGAGAGCACUGAUGAAAAACCUGCUGUUUCUCGGACCAGAAUUAGCCCCUCAUUUGCUGAAAGAUUUCCCUGGCUAGCUAGUCGUUAUCCAGGCAGAUUCAGUCCAGUGUCUAGGGCAUCAUCUUCCAGGCAGGAAGGUAGGACCCCCUUGACCAGGACUUCAUCCUCUGUAGGGGCUGGCAGACCCAUCUUGAGGGGGACUCCCACUAGGAUUUCAGGGGCCACAGGUGCUGCCGGAGUUUCUGCAAUACAGGAGACUAGUGAUGAUCUGAAGACUCCCUCCACCCAUGACUCUCUAAAGAAUGGGGUUGGGGCGGAUGAGGAUAAGCCUUCAUUGACCGAUAAAAAUACAGCAUCCAGUAAUACUAGAAACCCAACUACCUCAUCCUCCUCCUCCUCUUCUUCUUCCUCUGGUUCCUCUUCAGCAUCCACUUCUUCAAAUUCCCAUCAUUCCUCAGGUGGACACAGAGACUCAGUUGAGCCCAUCCAUAGAGGAACAUCAAAUGACAAUAAAAGCAGUCAUGAUAAGGAUUAUGUUGAUAAAGUUGCAGACCCCUCAGUCACCCUAAAGAAUCCUACAAUAACAUCAGCUGAUCCUCACAGAAACACUGAGGACAAUGAGAGUGUGGAUACAAGGGAAACAUCUUCUAGGACCAGGACUGGCACAUCCUCUGGAGUCUCUCCAACUCACCGUCGUCCUGGUGUAGGGGGGAAUGGGAGGGUGCGUUCUCCUCUGUUGGCUAACAGGCAAAUUGGUGGUUCUAGGUUUCCCAUUAGACCACACCAAGCACAGAACGCAAGGCUGGGUUCUUCAACAUCUGAAUCGUCCUCAUCAUCGUCUGAUUCCUCUUCUUCAUCAAAUUCACCCGAUCCAGUGUUGACCUCAGAUCAUGAACCUGGCACUGGUGCUACUGUGACAAGGACAGGGGGAAUAGUUGGAGGAAACUCCCAGUCCACAUCAUCAUCUUCAUCAUCUAGAGACAGUUUUAGGGGACAGGGGAGUAGGUUUCGGUAUCCUAUCCUUAGAGGGAAACCAACCAGUGGAGGAGGAUCCAAACCUGCCAAUGAAAAUGGUAAAAAUGGACGACCAAACCUAACGGCAACAAACGAUAAAGAUCCCUCUUCAUCUCAAGGAACCAGUAAGGCUGUUGGUCAAAGGUUUAUCACUGGACCUGAUGGAAAAAAUUGGGUGGUAGACCUGGAGCAAGGGCUUCUUAUGAACCAGGAUGGACAAGUUCUCCAGGACUCCAAUGGCAAACCCAAGAGAGUGGUACUUGGCGAGGAUGGACGUACAAUUUUUGACCACAUGGGUAGUCCCUUGGUAAACGAGGAAGGUAUGGCUCUGUUUGGCCAUGGCAGAGAUAGCCGGCCUGUGGUAAACCCCAAAGACAAGGUCCUCAUGGUUGGAGGGAAACCUGUACUUGGCUUGGACCUACCUCACCUUAGGACUUCUACCACCACCACCACCACCACCACCACAACCACCACUAUGGCUCCUACCACCACACCUGAACCCACCACCACGGAAUGGCCCAUAGAGGAGUCUACGACCCCACUGCCAUACCCAACCUGUCCACCUGGAACCUUCUCUAAAACAGAUCAAUAUGGUUAUCCAAUGCUAGACCCAGAGGGAAUAUUGGACUGUUAUCCAGAAGAGGAAUCCUCAGGAAUGGAAAUGGACCACAUGGUUACAGUGACCAUGGUGCCUGAUGCUUUAGCUCUUAAGAAAGAUGAGUUUCUUGUCCAGACCACCCUGCCACCACCCACCACUACCAAAACCACCACCGUAGCCACCACCCCUGAGAUCUCGACUCCAGUGCCACAUGUCAGACCCUUCAACAGUGGCCCUUCAUCUGAGUUUGACCUGAGUGGGAAGAAACGAUUCACAGCUCCCUAUGUGAACUACAUCCGGAAGGACCCCGGUGCUCCUUGCUCCCUGACAGAGGCUCUGGAGUACCUGCAGGUUGAUGUCCUGGAAGACCUGAUGAAGAAGGACAGAACUAUAGCCGAACAGAAUCAGCCUCCCAAAAACAAGCCCCAUAACCUCACUGUGGUUGCCAUGGAGGGCUGCCAUUCAUUUAUCAUCCUGGACUGGGCCCGCCCACUGAAAGGUGAUAUGGUAUCAGGCUACAUGGUUCACAGUGCUUCAUAUGAUGACGUCCUCAACAACAGAUGGUCCUCUAGAUCCUCUAGCGGGACUCACCUGCCUGUGGAGAAUCUCAAACCCAACUCUAGGUACUACUUCAAAGUACAGGCCAAGAAUGUGUUUGGUUUGGGACCAGUCAGCGAUACGCUCACCUAUGUCACUGAAUCAGACGAUCCUCUCCUCAUUGAAAGGCCACCUGGUGGAGAGCCGAUCUGGAUCCCCUUCACCUUCAAAUAUAACCCAGUCCACAGCAGCUGUAAGGGCAGCCAGUACGUCAAGCGGACGUGGUACAGGAAGUUUGUGGGCGUGGUUCUGUGUAACUCUCUGCGAUACAAGAUCUUCAUGGGAGAUGGUCUUAGAGAGCCUUUCUACAGUAUAGGAGAUACAUUCGGACAGGGAGAGGACCAUUGCCAGUUUGUGGACUCCUACAGGGAUGGAAGGACGGGCCCGGCCUACCUCUCAAAUAAUCUUCCCUCAGCGCAAGGUUUUUAUCGUGCAUACAGACAGGAGCCGGUUACGUUUGGAGUUAUUGGCAGACGUACGCCUCAUCCGUUCGUGGGUUGGUAUGAAUGUGGGGUGCCCAUCCCUGGCAAGUGGUAACACAGGAGGAGGAGGAGGAGACAUUGUUACCAAGGGCAACUGUCCUGCAUCCUGCUGCAGGCUCACACCUCCACUGGUCCUGCCCUAAGACACAGACUUUUGCCUGCCACAAGAAAAAGACACCACUACAAAUUUAUUCCAGCUUCACAGAAAGAGAAUAUAGUACUUUUUAAACAACUCAGUGUAUAUCAUUAAAAUGCACUUUUUAUAUAAAGCAGUCUGUAUAUGAGGGAAAAAGAAGCAUGUGUGCUCUUGCUUAGUUUAACUCUUUGUCUGAAAGUGUCCUUGUACUAUUCCCAACUAUUCCAGAGAGAGGUCCUUACCCAGUGUUAUUUAUCUCAUCAAUUAUGCACACACAUGGUCAAACCAGUGACAUUGGACCAAAGCACAAGCUGCAAAGAAAACUGUAAGAAUGGGCACUUAAGGUGUGUAUAGGUCUGUUAAUUUUCAAUCGUGAGAUUUGUAUUUCAUAAUGUAACAGCUUCUGACAGCUACUUUUUAUUUGUUUAUUUGUGUUCUUAAAUCAUCAUACAGUUUUUUAAAAACACCCUUUUGGUAUUCACCAGAAUUCAUUAAGAGUUACUGUGUAAGUCUUGUAUGUAUACAGACAAAGAAUAAAAGACCAAAUAUUUGCUCAGGAACUGUGGGAGACUGAAUAAAGGUGCUAUGGAAACCACAGCAAUCCAAAAACAUGAAUCACAUCAUAUUCUCCCGCUGCCACAUUCUUUUCGAGCAAAAGGCUGCCACACGUGAUCCAGAUCUACUUAAUCAACCUAAUGGAAGAUGUGAGUAACUGAGAGAGUUUGGUUGAGCCAGUUGGAAGAGCAACUGUUAAAAUCUGAAGAAAUGUCAAAAACAACACAUUGUGGACAGAAGCAGGUGAGAAGGAGAAAGAAAAACAGAGGAAAUACCAGUUCAUUGGCAUUAGGCAUGCUAUCAAAUAUCAGCCAUGUGAAGAGUAUUAACACACUGCCCCAUAAAUAUCCAGAUUAUUGAUGCAUACCUUUUAAACUAUAAUUUGAUUUGCCUUGAAAUCUGUGCAAAGUAUUUUAGUUUUAUUAUUUUUACUGUUACUAGUUACUAGUCAAAUUAUGGGUUUCAAAUCAUCUACAGUCUAAUAAUACAGUAUAAUAUGUCACUCAAAUGGCAAUUUUUCUGCAGAAUGAGUAAAAGCAACAAAAUCACAGUAAAAAUACUCCGUCAGUAAUAAGAGUCCUGUGUUGAGAAUGUUGCUAACCAAAAAUAUACAAGUACUACUGAGAAAUGUACUUAAUGAAUCAGAAGUAAAAGUACUAAUUGCUGACAACUGG